AUGUUUUCUGGUCAGGCUGGUCUGAAUUACAGCUUCAACCUGAGCGAUGACCGGGAGCUGGUGGACGCGUCGGCGGACCGAGGGAAGCUCUCUCCGACGGGCUUCGUGGUGCUGUCCGUGAUGCUGGGCUUCAUCAUGACGUUCGGCUUCCUCAACAACCUCGUCGUGCUGCUUUUGUUUUGCAAAUUCAAGAAGCUGCGGACGCCGGUGAACAUGCUGCUGCUGAACAUCAGCGUCAGUGACAUGCUGGUGUGCUUGUUCGGCACCACUCUCAGUUUCGCCUCCAGCAUCCGAGGCAAGUGGCUGCUGGGGCGCAGCGGCUGCAGCUGGUACGGCUUCAUCAACUCCUGCUUCGGUAUCGUGUCGCUGAUCUCUCUGGUGACCCUCUCCUACGACCGCUACAGCACUCUGACCGUAUACAACAAGCGGGGGCCAGAUUACCGCAAACCCCUGCUGGCUAUCGGGGGCUCCUGGCUGUACUCCUUGUUCUGGACAGUGCCCCCCCUGCUGGGCUGGAGCAGCUAUGGCAUAGAGGGGGCCGGAACCAGCUGCUCCGUGUCCUGGACGGUUCAGACGGCCCAGUCUCACGCUUACAUCAUCUGCCUCUUUACCUUCUGCCUGGGCCUGCCCAUGCUGGUGAUGAUCUACUGCUAUAGCAGGCUGUUAUGGGCAGUCAAACAGGUAGAGAGAUAACAAAGUGUGGGUAAGAUCCGAAAAACCGCAGCCCGCAGGAGAGAGUACCACAUACUGGGUUUGGUUCUGACUACAGCGGGCUGCUACAUGCUGUGCUGGAUGCCUUACGGCAUCGUGGCCAUGAUGGCGACGUUCGGCCCGCCCGGCAUCAUCAGUCCCGUGGCCAGCGUGGUGCCAUCGCUACUGGCCAAGAGCAGCACGGUCAUCAACCCUCUCAUCUACAUACUCAUGAACAAACAGAGUCUGCCGGCCCGAUGUGGCACCGACAUAAAAAUCAUCCUAGCUGGAGACAAAACUAAUUUGCUCUCCAAUCUGAGGAACCAAUAA